GGGGCCUGGGGCGGCUCCGGGUUUGUGUCGGGCGGAGAAAGGGGAGGGGCUGGGGGGUGAGGACCCCAUCUCCCCUCCCUGCUCCCGCCCUCUGGGCCGAUCCCCACCGAUGGGGCUGGCCGAAGGGGCGGGCUCUGCGCCUCAGGCCCCGCGGCUCAGACAGCUUCGCGGCCCAGCCGGGCGCUCGAGGACUGCCGGGCCAGCCUGUGCCCUCUGCUUUGGCUGCGGUGGGACAGUGCACAGGGGUGGAAGAAGCGGCGUCUUUCUCCGGGUCAGGAGUCCGCAGUGCUGAGGAGUCUCUCCUUCGUCGCCGCCCGCCGAAGACAGUGACUGGAGCGCCCGUGCGUCGGGCCGCAGCGGCCGGAGGCCAGCAUUGGGCGAAUCCUAGGCGGGCUUUUUGGGCAGAGCUCAGAUUUGACAGCUCCACAACGUGAGGAUAUCCGCUGACCCCGCGAGACGGAAAACACUUCCCUGUGCCUCCCCGUCCAGCAAAGCCGGCGCUGGAAGAUUUCAACUUUCCAACUCUGUUUUUUGUUUUUGGUUUUUCCAAUCUCUGUGUUCGCGUCGGAGAGGGCGAUCAGUUCGCUAGACUGAUUGAAAGCAUCCAUUUAAAAGACUCUUCUGGUUACAGAUGCCACUCGCACGUGUGUUUUCAUGACGACUCGAUCUCUCUGACUUUAUUCUUGUAUUUCUCGUGGUAAAAAUUGCAAAGUGCUUUUGCGGGCAUGCUGAAAGGUAACUGAAGGCUAUCAAGGAAAAACUCCCGAUUGUCAUGGCUGAAGGAGAAAAUGAAGUGAGAUGGGAUGGAUUGUGCACUCGAGAUUCAACUACUAGAGAAGCAGCACUGGAAAACAUUAGACAAAUCGUUUUGAGGAAAACCGAGUAUCUUCGUUCGCUGAAAGAAGCAACUUACCGUUCAUCAGACGGGCUUUCAAAUGCUGUUUCUUUGGAUGGGUUGAAUAAGCUUCUUGCUCAUCUGCUUAUGCUUUCUAAGAGGUGUCCCUUUAAAGAUGUAAGAGAGAAAAGCGAGUUUAUUCUGAAGAAUGUCCAGGAACUUGGAAUUAGAAUUCCUCGACCACUAGGACACGGACCAAGCAGAUUCAUCCCAGAAAAGGAGAUUCUCCAAGUGGGGAGAGAAGACGCACAGAUGCAUGCUUUAUUUGCAGAUUCUUUUGCUGCUUUGGGUCGUUUGGAUAACAUUACAUUAGUGAUGGUUUUCCACCCACAAUAUUUAGAAAGUUUCCUUAAAACUCAACACUAUCUACUGCAAAUGGAUGGGCCAUUACCCCUACAUUAUCGGCACUACAUUGGAAUAAUGGCUGCAGCAAGACAUCAGUGCUCCUACUUGGUGAACCUGCACGUAAAUGAUUUCCUUCAUGUUGGUGGGGACCCCAAAUGGCUCAAUGGUCUAGAGAAUGCUCCUCAAAAACUACAGAAUUUGGGAGAACUCAACAAAGUAUUAGCCCAUAGACCUUGGCUUAUUACCAAAGAACACAUUGAGGAGCUUUUAAAAGCUGAGGAGCACAGCUGGUCUCUGGCAGAAUUGGUGCAUGCCGUAGUUCUACUCACACACUAUCAUUCUCUGGCCUCAUUCACAUUUGGUUGUGGAAUCAGUCCAGAAAUUCACUGUGAUGGUGGCCACACGUUCAGACCUCCUUCUGUUAGUAACUACUGCAUCUGUGACAUUACAAAUGGCAAUCACAACAUGGAUGAGAUGCAAGUCAACUCAGCAGGAAAUAUUACGGUAAGUGAUUCCUUCUUUGAGGUCGAAGCCCUCAUGGAGAAGAUGAAGCAGUUACAGGAAUGUCGAGAUGAAGAAGAGGCAAGUCAAGAGGAGAUGGCUUCACGUUUUGAAAUAGAAAAGAGAGAGAGCAUGUUUGUAUUCUCUUCAGAUGAUGAAGAAGUUACACCAGCAAGAGAUGUGUCUCGUCACUUUGAAGAUACUAGUUAUGGAUAUAAGGAUUUCUCAAGACAUGGAAUGCAUGUUCCAACAUUUCGUGUCCAGGACUAUUGCUGGGAAGACCACGGCUAUUCUUUGGUAAAUCGACUUUAUCCAGAUGUGGGACAGUUGAUUGAUGAAAAGUUUCACAUUGCUUACAAUCUUACUUAUAAUACAAUGGCAAUGCACAAAGAUGUUGAUACCUCAAUGCUUAGACGGGCUAUUUGGAACUAUAUUCACUGCAUGUUUGGAAUACGAUAUGAUGACUAUGACUAUGGUGAAAUUAACCAGUUAUUGGAUCGUAGCUUUAAAGUUUAUAUCAAAACAGUUGUUUGCACUCCUGAAAAGGUUACCAAAAGAAUGUAUGAUAGCUUCUGGAGGCAGUUCAAGCACUCUGAGAAGGUUCAUGUUAAUCUGCUUCUUAUAGAAGCUAGGAUGCAAGCAGAACUCCUUUACGCUCUGAGAGCCAUUACUCGCUAUAUGACCUGAUGCCUUUCCUCCAUUAAAGAUGAUUCUGGAAUGCUCAGCAAAUAUAGUCUGCAAGGGGAAGGUACCAAGCCCCAGGACCAAUGGUAGAUAAAAGAAUUCAGAAUCCAUUGUGCCAUGAUUCCUUUAGUUUCUGCUAUUCUACUGUGGAAAUGCCACUGCUGGCACAAGCAGUGAGUGCUUGGCAGCUUAAGGUUUAGAGCCAUGAAGAAGGGCUGCUGUUCACAGUAUUUUGCUUCUUGACAGUACAAGAUGCUGAAUAAUUGUUAUAAUACAGCAACUAGUAAUUCUCCAAAUCCUGUUGCUUUUAUGUUAAAUAAGAUAACAAGAAUUGGAGCAUGCAGAGAAUGGGACUUCGAUAAUGACUAAGAUUUACACAAAGAAUUUUAGAAGAACUUGGUGCUGCUAUCCUGGCUGGUGGAAUGAAUUAGAUGGCUGUUACAGUUAAGCCAGUAGUGACUCAAGUGAAUACUGCUAUUAUCUGAGCCUACGUACAGAAUUUGUGUGGUUUCCAAUUAAACUUGCGUACAUGAGGGUGGGGGUGCAUCUAAAAAAACUAUAGAAUUAUUACAGCUAAGACUGUUUUGAUGAUAACAUAUCAUUUCUUUCAUUGUAGUUUUUAAAUUCAGUUAUUGGAUGAUACUAAAUUACAGAGGCAUUGUUAAAUUUUUCUUCAAAAAGCAAUCUUAAAUGAAAUUGUGUGAAUUGUAGAAAAACUGGCUGUGUUUUGUUAAGCUGUUUCACAAGAUUCUCCAACAUUGGAGCAGCUGUCUGUGGGAAAUGUCACUGUGGACUGCCGUGCAGUCCCAGGUGCCAUGCAUCCCUGUGCUCCUCCACCGAAUGGUCCCUACUUUAAAGGAUGUGCAGCUCCUUAAAUAAUAAAAGCUGGAAAAUAUUUUUAGUCAGGUUAUCACAUUUGAUUUACAAAACUGCUAGUCAGGUUAUCACAUUUGAUUUACAAAACUGCUAACUUUGAAAUACAAACAGGUUUGAAAAAAAUGUAUUAAGUACUUUGUAUUCUGGAAGCGUGAAUUUGCUUUUGAAGUCUGUCAGUAUUACUGGUAUUUUUCAAUAAAGAAUAAUUUUCUCCAA